ACGCUUCUGCACAUCAAGAAACCAAUCGCAUGCACGUCCGUUUGCGCGCGUCGUGGGCCUGCCCCGUAAACUCGCAUGCGCUGAGCUCUGUUUCAGCUCUGACGCGGACAGCAAGCUCGCCAAUGACCUUGCCAGAAGCCAACUUCGCAGAACACUCGCUCGCUGCUUACAUUCGUGGACAUAAGGAUCGGAGCAGUCCUUGCUCGUGGCCUCGCCUCAAGUCACCAAUGACAGGCGGCCAGGCGUUCUGGAUGGAUGAAGAAAUAUAUUGAAAGGAAUGCCAAUGGAGAGGAGGCUGAGGGAUGCGAUACAGCGGAGAGAGUGGAGUCAAUAGAUAUAA